UGAGGCUCUGCGCUGACAGCACAAAGCCUGCUUGGGAAUCUCUCUCUCUGUCCCUCUUUCUCUGCCCCUCCCCAACUCGUGCUGUGUCUGUCUCUCUCAAAAUAAGUAAAUAAACUUAGCAGAGUGAGCCCUGUACAGCCCCAAGCUCCCCGGGCUGAGUGUGCGGGGCACGCUUGAUUGGCUGCUGGCCCCGGCCGUCGGGUUGGGUGGUAACACUUGGAGUGACCUGCUCCGUUUUCCAGACUGAUGUUCUGCCGUGUUCCGUGGCAGUUGCACAUGAAUGAGUGUCGGUGCUGUGUGCAGGCUGUGCACGGUCCCUCUGGGCCAUCUCAGGGUGUGGCAGCUAGUGGGCGAGCACCAGGGCUGGCCAGUGAGCACGCCCACAGCCAGUCACCAGAUCCUGUUCUCUUGUCCUCCAGAGCUGGGCGAGAUUAAAAACGUCACCACAACGCAGCCUUCCCUAGAGCUGGACGGGCUGGAGAAAUAUACCAACUACAGCAUCCAGGUGCUGGCCUUCACCCGUGCGGGGGACGGCGUCAGAAGUGAGCAGAUCUUCACUCGGACCAAAGAGGAUGUUCCAGGUCCUCCUGCGGGAGUGAAGGCAGCGGCGGCCUCAGCCUCCAUGGUCUUUGUGUCCUGGCUUCCCCCUCUCAAGCUGAACGGCAUCAUCCGAAAGUACACUGUAUUCUGCUCCCACCCCUAUCCCACAGUGAUCAGCGAGUUUGAAGCCUCUCCUGACUCAUUUUCCUACAGAAUUCCCAACCUGAGUCGGAACCGUCAGUACAGCGUCUGGGUGGUCGCGGUGACUUCAGCUGGGAGAGGAAACAGCAGUGAAAUCAUCACGGUAGAGCCGUUAGCUAAAGCUCCGGCACGAAUCCUGACCUUCAGUGGCACAGUGACUACCCCAUGGAUGAAAGACAUCGCCUUACCUUGUAAAGCUGUUGGGGACCCUUCUCCUGCAGUAAAAUGGAUGAAAGACAGUAACGGGACACCCAGCCUGGUAACGGUUGAUGGGCGGAGAAGCGUCUUCAGCAACGGGAGCUUCGUUAUCCGAACCGUGAAGGCGGAGGACUCCGGCUAUUACAGCUGCAUCGCCAAUAACAACUGGGGAUCGGAUGAGAUUAUUUUAAAUUUACAAGUACAAGUUCCACCUGAUCAGCCUCGGCUUACAGUGUCCAAAACAACGUCUUCUUCCAUUACCCUCUCGUGGCUCCCUGGAGACAAUGGGGGCAGUUCCAUCAGAGGAUACAUAUUGCAGUACUCUGAGGACAACAGCGAGCAGUGGGGAAGUUUUCCAAUCAGCCCAAGUGAGCGCUCUUACCGCCUGGAAAACCUGAAGUGUGGUACUUGGUACAAGUUCACUCUUACUGCGCAGAAUGGAGUGGGACCAGGACGCAUAAGUGAAAUCAUAGAAGCGAAAACGCUGGGGAAAGAGCCCCAGUUCUCCAAGGAGCAAGAGCUCUUCGCCAGCAUUAACACCACGCGCGUGAGGCUGAACCUCAUUGGCUGGAAUGAUGGCGGCUGUCCCAUCACCUCCUUCACACUUGAGUACAGACCCUUUGGGACCACGGUCUGGACCACGGCUCAGCGGACCUCUCUCUCCAAGUCAUACAUUUUGUACGACCUUCAAGAAGCCACCUGGUACGAGCUGCAGAUGAGGGUUUGCAACAGUGCCGGCUGUGCGGAGAAGCAGGCCAACUUCGCCACGCUGAACUAUGAUGGCGGUACAAUCCCUCCACUCACUAAGUCGGUUGUCCAAAGCGAAGAAGGGCUGACGACCAAUGAGGGGCUCAAGAUGCUGGUGACCAUCUCCUGUAUCCUGGUGGGGAUCUUGCUUCUGUUUGUGCUCCUGCUGGUGGUGCGGAGGAGGCGGCGGGAGCAGAGGCUGAAGAGGCUGAGAGAUGCAAAGAGUUUGGCUGAAAUGCUCAUGAGUAAGAAUACCCGGACUUCGGAUACCUUGAGCAAGCAACAACAAACCUUGAGGAUGCACAUUGACAUACCCAGGGCUCAGCUUUUGAUCGAAGAGAGAGACACAAUGGAGACCAUCGACGAUCGCUCCACGGUCCUGUUAACGGAUGCUGACUUUGGGGAGGCGGCCAAACAGAAGUCUCUGACGGUGACACACACAGUGCACUAUCAGUCAGUGUCACAGGCCACCGGGCCCCUCGUGGAUGUGUCGGACGCGCGGCCGGGAACGAAUCCUACCACCAGGAGGAAUGCCAAGGCAGGACCUACAGCAAGAAACCGGUAUGCCAGCCAGUGGACCCUCAACAGACCCCACCCCACCAUUUCAGCACACACCCUCACCACAGACUGGAGGCUGCCGACGCCCAGGGCUGCGGGAUCAAUGGACAAGGAGAGUGACAGUUACAGUGUCAGCCCCUCACAAGACACAGAUCGAGCGCGAAGCAGCAUGGUCUCCACAGAAAGUGCCUCCUCCACUUAUGAAGAACUGGCCAGGGCCUACGAGCACGCCAAGAUGGAAGAGCAACUGAGGCACGCCAAGUUCACCAUCACAGAGUGCUUCAUAUCAGACACAUCAUCUGAACAGUUGACGGCAGGGACAAACGAGUACACGGACAGUCUGACCUCCAGCACCCCUUCAGAAUCGGGGAUCUGCAGGUUCACUGCAUCCCCCCCCAAACCUCAGGAUGGAGGUCGAGUGAUGAACAUGGCGGUUCCAAAGGCACAUCGGCCAGGUGACCUCAUACAUUUGCCUCCAUACCUUAGAAUGGACUUUUUGUUAAACCGAAGCGGUGCCAGCACCAGCAGGGACCUGAGUUUAGGGCAAGCGUGCUUGGAACCUCAGAAAAGUCGGACCCUGAAGCGACCCACGGUCCUUGAACCGAUCCCCAUGGAGGCGUCCUCCUCCACGUCCUCCACGAGAGAGGGACAGCAGUGGCAACAAGGGGCUGUGGCCACAUUACCUCAGCGAGAGGGAGCAGAGCUGGGACAGGCAGCUAAGAUGAGCAGCUCCCAAGAAUCCCUGCUUGACUCUCGGGGCCAUUUGAAAGGAAACAAUCCCUACGCAAAAUCCUACACCCUGGUAUAACAAAUAGCAUGACUGGACAGCAGUUGUAAAUACAAUUUAAAAAAUUCAAUCAAAGCUACCUUUUUUUUACGGAAUUCCAAUAUUUAUAAUUAAAGAAAAUUGCCAAAAUAUAUUAAAAAAAAAAGAGAGAAAAUACUGAAACCACAGACAGUGCAAAGACUCUCCUGCUUUUUUUCUGUCUGAGUGUGAGCUCCAUCUGCCUGGGCAUCUGAUUUUUUGGGAAAGAAGUCCAGUUUUAUGAUCUUCACGGGCUAUUGCAUUUUUACUGAUUUUCUACAAAGUGCAUGGGGGACUAAUUAAACCUUCUGACUGGAAGUUCUAUUACACAAGAUUUAAGAACGAAAACAGGAAAAAAAAAUUUACCCUCUUUGUGAAUUUAAAAGGAACCUUGAUUUGGGGGCAGGGGGGGAGACUUCGGUCAUGUUUGCACACCUUUCUUUCCCAUUAGAAACUGGGUCCUCAAUUUGACCUCCUUCUGUUGUUAAUUAGGAUGAGUGCCGUCAGUGAAGGGGUUAGGGGGGAAUCAAUUUGAUUUUCUUUUUUUCUUUCUGUUUAUUUUUUAAUUUAAUGAGACACUCUUUGCAUUUUGUCUAAGCGAAAUAAAAAAGGAAAGGUUGUCUGCCUUUA